UGUGGGGUUAAGUUAAAUCAUGCAUGUUUCAUAUGAUAUUAAGUAAAACGUAACCUUUCACUUAAAGUGAAUAUCCAUUAAUAUAAUUAUGCAAUCUUAUAACUAAACCAAUCGGCAUCAUAAACCGUAACAUUAUGAAACCGUCGACCAAUGUAUCAAAAUACGGUAAUAAAGGUCAAGUUCAGUUGCUCUUUAAUACGUUUAACAGUAUGUGGCAGAAUGCACUAGAAAAGUAGGAACACUUUCGCUGCCACGAUCGGUCUUAUCGGUUCGGCACGCGUAUCGUAUCGAGUGCUGCCCGUCAUCCAUUAACUCCCGCACCAUGCCAAUACUUAACAUCCCGAUCACAUUCGAAAUUGCCCGGGUACCAACGAACCGUGCAGGGCGAGUGUCACGUCGAACGAAUUUGUCGCACCGAAACUGAACACAAUCAGCGCGCUCACUUUCAGGGCUUUCGGCUACGGAGGGUAAUCAUCGCACGCACACGACGCAAUCGAACCUGACCGAAUAAGUGAGUAAUUUAUUUCAAUUUCACUCCACCACCAAGCGGGGUCGUACUGUUUCAUGCGGCUUCAUUUAAAUCCUGCACUCCUGGCUCGGUACGCUUGGUGGGGUGAUAAGAGACGGAUGAUCUCCAAAUGCCCCCACUGUCACUAAACACAAGCAUCCUAUUGCGAUGCACAACCAAUAGUCCACCCUUUUUAACUCCCUUGUGCACGUAAAGGUGUACACGCAUAUGCAAAGCACAAAAAUCGCACCAGCCGUUUAUUUUCGAUAUAAAAGCAAAUUGCUUCGAACGAAUUUCAGUCAUUGUCAGUGCAGGAUUUUUUCGCACCGAGUGACGGAUAAAGCUCAACCGUGUUUCGCGCGUUCGUACUGGUGCGUGUGCGAUUAAGAGCCCCCAAAAAACCGACCGGGUCAGUGCGAAAAUAUUCGAAACAUUGUGACGAUUCAGCUAAAAGUUUCUCUCCGCGGGUGGAACGAAAAACAAAAAAAGACAAAUUUGUAAAACGAUGAAAUCCUUCCUGAUUUUGUUUGCCUGCAUAGUAUGCACGUUGGCUCGUCCCGAACCAGAACCACCCCGUGCACGCAUUGUUGUGCCGGCGAAACAACAGCAAUUACCCCAAUAUGAAUAUGGAGCUCCGAAACCUGAAUAUGGUCCACCAGCGGAGGAGUACGGUCCACCACCGCCUACCGUGUAUGGUCCACCGGCCCGCGAAUAUGGCCCACCACCCAAACUGAUCACCAAGAACGUCUACGUACAUGUACCACCCGAGGAACCGACCGAGAUCAUAAAAAGUCCCGUCCUAGAGGCACCCAUUGCCAAGAAACAUUACAAAAUCAUCUUCAUCAAGGCACCAGCACCACCGGCACCGAUCAAGCAGGUGAUUCCACCGCAACCACAGGACGAACAUAAGACCCUCGUCUACGUGCUGGUCAAGAAGCCGGAGGAUCAAGUGCCAGUGGAAAUACCGGUGCCAGAAACGACCGAGCCUAACAAACCCGAGGUGUACUUCAUCAAGUACAAGGAGGGCGAAAAAGAACCCCACAAACAGUACGGUCCACCAGCUCCUGCCUAUGGUCCACCGUCCGGUCCGGCGCGGUAUCAACAGUUCUAGGACCCAACCACCGUUCUAGAGACCGUUCCCACAGUGCCUCAGAAUUUCGCAAUGCGAAGUGGAAGUUGUUAUCGUUGUUAUAGCAUUUAUGUGUUAAGUUUUUAAAUGUUUGCAAACGGUGUUGUUGUUUCAUCCGAUUGAAAAGACUAUCCGGUCUUCUCAUGUCAUCAUCGUUAGGAAUCGAAGGAAAUCCAUCAUCCUAUUCAAAGCUAUCCAAAUGCGAAAAGAUUAAUGCCUUCAUUUUUCACUAGAAAUCUCACAAGAAAGCAACAGUGAGAAUGUGAGAUUCCAUCGAUUGAAAUAAAUUCCAAUCUCGUCUUAAAUAAAUGUUAUUUCAAUCACACG